AUGGAGUCUUCUGAUUUGAUUCGCGACUCCAAGCUUGAAACUUAUUUCAACCCUCCUUUAUCUCCUGGCGGAUCGUAUCCUGAUUUGACCGAGCAUAUUAUCAAUGGCUCCGAUCCUAGCGGUCAACAACGAGUGCUCCGGAGAGAAGAGCAGUGGAAGCGCCAGCGACAUAUUGGCGAAGGUGCCUAUGGCAGCGUAUGGCUGGAAAGUUGUGUCAAAGGUCAAACAAAGUCUGAAUUUCGCGCAGUGAAGCGCAUCCGAAAAGUCGACCAAGGUUACGAUCGAGAACUCGAGGCUUUUGCCAAAUUCUCCCAUGACAAGUAUGUACGGUGUUUUGUCGAGUCUUUUGGCUGGUAUGAAAGUCUCGAUUCCAUCUUCAUCAGCAUGGAGUAUCUAGCGCACGGAGAUCUCCAUCGGUAUUUGUGUGCCACGUCGCAGAUUCCAGAAAAUGAAACCAAAGAGAUCACGUACCAGUUGCUUGAGGGUCUGUGUUUCAUGCACGAUAAUGGGUUCAUCCAUCGAGAUCUAAAGCCUUGCAAUGUGCUGUUAAAGUCAAAGCCCCCAGGCAUAUGGUGGGUGAAGAUCGGAGACUUUGGUGUCAGUAAACGUGCUGCUGCUGGUACAGCACCGUCGACUCUCAAAGGAACUCUUGGGUUCCUUGCUCCUGAGCUGCAUGGGUACAUCGAAGCUACUGGAAAAAAAAGCGACUCGGAGUCCAAGGCAGCAGACAUAUGGGCUCUUGGCGAGACGAUGCACCAGAUGCUGACCAGAGAAGUGACAUUCACAACUCUACUCGAUCUCAACCGCUAUGCCCAAGGUCGCAUGGGAUUUCCGUUUGAUCGCUUAAAACAUCACGGGGUGAGCAGCGAUGGGCAACAAUUCAUCAGACAACUCAUGGCUCCAACUCCAAAAGAGCGACUGACAGCGCAGAAUGCUAUCCAGCAGCCUUGGGUAGUGAUCGGAAAAGAUCCUCUCCCAAAUGCAGAACUUGCGCUUCCGAGCCCGCCUCAACCAUCCAUAGCGACCAAUGACCCUGCGCCUGCAUCGUCAGGCAAACCAUCAAACAAAUGGUCUACUCUUGAGCCUGAUAGCAGUGAUAUACGCUCGACUGCCGAACUUCCGAACAAUCCGAGUUCAGUUCCGACAAGGGGCGACUCAGAGCAGCCCACACAGGAUGUCGACAUGAUCAAUUCUUUCAGGGACGUCAGUAAUGGGAAUCUUGGCACAAACAUAUCGAGGACCUCCAAGAUUGCCCAAAAGCUUCGGGGUAAAUCGCUGCGGAGCCUAUCGAACUUCGAACAAGAACGGCGUACCGAGCUAACCUCUAAACCACUAACUGUGAUCACGCCCACCGACGGACCUGGAAGUUCUAUGGCCAAAAAGACUAGCAGAGCACAAACAGCGGAGUCUCAGUCAUUAGUGAGGAAGUUUCUCCGAUCUUUCAAGUCCCCACAGGAUUCUGCGGAUGGUACACUACGAGCUGAAUCAGAUGCCGAGGAAGAAAACAUCGAUGAGCAGACCUCCCAACGACUGCUAUUAUACAGAAUGGCCCCGCAUGCCGAGAGAAUCACACCGGACGGUAUACUUAAUGAUAUCAGACAAAGUGCAGACUCACUGUCGUUGUCAAGGUAUGGCGAAAAGGCUAUCUCGAUAACAAACUAUCUCAUCACUACGGGCAAUAUCCGUCGUGAAAGUGUGAUUGAGAUAUUGGAUACUGAAAGGAAAGACAAGAGACAAAUCGUCCUUUCUAACGAAGAUAUAUAUGAGGUUAUGUGCUCCCCUAAUGGUCGGCUGGCCGCUUCUCGAGGGAUGAAUGCCAUAGUGUUGUGGGACACUUCUACCGGAUCUACCCUGCACAUGUACAGAGGGUUUGGCGGAGUUCAAUCAUCCCCGUUUUAUGAUCGAGUUCAACACCUCUGGUUCUCGCCAAACAGCAGAAUGUUUGGGACUUGGGCAAACGGAUGCAUUUACGGCUGGGACGUCGAUUCCGGGAAGCAAACGUUCACAAUCCCAUUGAAGAGCUUCGACUGUCAGCAGAUAAAUACCAUUGCCUUUCUACCAUCUGGGGAGGUCCUGGCAGCUGGAGUAUACAGCCGUACCGUAACCCACCCACCACAUCGUCCGGUUACAGCUGCAUUCCUGGUGCUUUUUGAGCCAGACCAUCAAACGCCGCGUUAUUUCCAUGAAAUCGAUAUUCUCGCCACGUCUGACAGUGUGUAUCCUUUAGGGCUCUCCACUGACAGCACCAAAGUAGCUUUUUUCUUUCCCGGCUAUUCUGAGAUUGGGGAUAUUCACUUCUUCGAUGUUUCCACGGGAGAGCCGAUCUGGACACUCUGUCCCCAAAGCAUGACCCCUCCCAAGCCAUUAUGUAGGACCCACGCACUGCUCACGACACCAACUGUUGCCAUCCUCGCAACUGGACAUUAUACGGGGUUGGAAUAUAUCACGUUUCUUUCUGUAUGGGAUGUCCAAACACGCAAGUUCCUCGCCUCCCGGGUAAUUUACCAUGGCUCAGAGAAAGCCUGUCGGCUUUCAUUCUCUCGUGAUGGCAGCACGCUCGUGAUCGGGGGGGAGAAGGGAACGAUCAUUCUGGUGCGAGCGGACUUUGCGAGUCUUCGGGGGAAAAAAGAUACUUACGGCUAUAAUUAUAUGUCACGCCAAGAACGCUGGCUUACUGUGUAG